GAGGCUUCUGCUGAAUACAAACCUUCACACUAAUGGAGAGAAGCAGCCAACAUCGGGAGCAGUCCCUCAGUCACUCGGUCACUGAGCGGCGCACCAACUCUGCGUUUAUCCAAAGACAGCUGCAGGCAAGAUAACAGGCACAGAAGAACGACUCCUUCGUCUCCUAAAGGGGGGGGGGGGGGAUCUUUCUUCUCCUGAUCACAUGACCUCAAAUAUGCCGGAUUCUUUUUUCUUAACAGCCCAGAGGAUGUGAAAAAGAGGAUGAAUGCACCACCUGAUAAUUUUCUGAUAAAGUAGUGGAGACGGGGACACUUAAGAGCUGCUGUUGCAUGGCUGUAGAAGUGUCGAUUGGCCCGGACCAUGAUGCUGUUUGCAGCCUUUGGUUUCACAUGCGAAACAACAGUAGCUUCCAAAACUGACAGUUCACUUGUCACAGACACUGCCUCUUCGAAUGACUCCGCUCUGACUCACGUCAGAGUCAGGGUCUGCUUGGCACAGCAUGGGCAACUCUUCCAGGAAGGGCGAGGGGGAAGAGGAAGAAGAGGGGACAAAAGAUGGUGAGGAGGAAGAGGACACAAAAAAGGAGAAGGAAGUUGAGGAGGUAGAAGAAGAGCUUCCGCUGGGGGUGGAGGAGCUGCUGGAGAGUGGCGAUCCUGUGUUGGACCUGAGCUACCGCAAAUUCAAGCGACUACCUUCUCGCGUUUGGGAGCUGACGUACCUGGAGAAGCUGUAUGCUUGUGGGAACAGACUGCGCACGGUGCCUGAUAGCAUCUCCCAACUGCAAGGUCUGCGGAUGCUCGCCCUUGACUUCAACAAGUUGGAAGACGUCCCCUUAGCAGUGUGUGAGCUCACCAACCUCACUCAUCUAUACCUGGGCAGCAACCGACUGAUGAUCCUCCCACCUGAGUUCACCAACCUGAAGAGUCUGAGAUGCUUCUGGAUGGAGAGCAACUACUUCCAGACAUUUCCACGGGAGCUCUACGAACUGCCAAACCUCAAGUCCCUACAGAUGGGGGACAACCGGCUGAAAACACUGCCCCGUGACUUUUGCCGCAUGGAAUCUCUAAAAGGAUUGUGGCUGUACGGAAACCGCUUCGAAACUUUCCCCAAAGUCCUGCUGGGCAUGGAGUCUUUGGAGAUCCUAGACUUGGACCGUAACAAAAUAACAGAGUUUCCCAGCCUAAAGCGUCUCCGGCCACUCCACCUGUUUUCCUACGACCAUAACCCUGUCAAGGAACCUCCUAAGGUGGGCCAGGAGGUCAUUCUGGUUGGGGAGGGGGCGGCUGAGUUCAUGGAGGUGCGUGAGGCCAGGAAGGAGAGACGACGAAAGGCCGCUGAGGAAGAAGCUGAGGAGUUGGCUCAGGCUGAAGAGGAACCAGUGAUCCAUGGAAUCCUAAAGAACAGCAACUCCAACUCCAAACCAGCAACAGACGAAGCUGUGCUGGACAUUGAAGACUCAGAUGUUAAAGACGAAGAAACAUUGGAUAAGGAGGAGGAGCAGCAAGACGGCAUGGAGCUGCCAGGGACAGAGUACGAUGGUGCCGAUCUUGACUAUGACGAAGAGAUGGUUGAAUAUGAGACAGAAGAGAUCAUAUGUGAGGGAGAGGGGUUUGAAUACGAAGGAGAGGGACUGGAGUAUGAAAACAUUCCAAUGGACUAUGAGUAUGAAGACGGGGAGGAGCUGGAAGACACAGGGGGACAAGACGAGGGGGCAUAAAACGCCCCCUCAAACCGCAGGAUGUUUUGGUUUCAGGCGGAAACAUGUGACGGACAGUACAGCAGAUAUGUGAACACAACAUAUUCUCAGACGUGCUGCUAAUUAACCAUCGGUAAUCAACUGUGAAAAUGGACUACCUUGAUAUUCUAUUUCUGUAAAGCAACAACACCAGUGACAUCUCUCUCGACUGCACAUUAUCAGGUUGGCUGUAACUUAUUGUCGGUUCCUUCCUAUUAAACCAUUCAGCUGAAUAAAGCCGAUGCCAGUCCUUUGUCACGGAAGACACAGUGUGUUUACUCAAGAGUCGUUCCUGCUCAUCACAGUCAGUACCUGUGUUAUGUGCUUGUCAGGGCUAUUUCUGUAAGGCAAGGCCAUCUGUGCAUUUAAAUGAGCGUGUUGGUCAAAGAUUUAAAAAAAUAUUUACGACAUGGGUGUCAGUUCCAAGAAAGAGUGUUGGAGGGGGGAAUAGUUGAGGUGCCUGACCAUAAAAGGUAAGUCCUUAAGGAGGCUUUAAACAUAAAGUGGACAUGGAAAAUGAAGAAGCACAAUAUUUUUUUUCUUCUCCGACAAACCCGAAGAACCCUGCCGGGCAGGAAUUCUGCUCUGUCAUGAAUGCCGUACACUUCUUUUUGUCCCCGACGAUGACGUUACUCUUUUUACAAACGUUAAGCAGGCCAGGCCCUGUUCUCCUCUCAUCUAUGAACAAAUUAUUCAUGUGGGGCUCAUGCGUAAUCCGGCCCUUUGUGUCUGCACAGAUCUUUUUCCUCGUAUCUCAUUAAAACAGUGAAAUACUGAUCCCAGCGUUAAUAUUAAUGCUUGUACUCA